UGACCAAACGAACGAGCUUCGCCGAGCGCACCCGAACGCCCCCGAACCCCGCCGCGCGGCGCCAGUCGCCGCGAGCCCGCCGCGAACACGAACGUUCGCGCGUUUAAAUUUAGAACUCCACCUUCGAAACAAUUGAAAUUCGCGGGCGCCAUAUUUGUUAUGUCCGAAAUGGAGUGGACAAAUCGUCUAGUUAUAAAACUCAUGCAAGAAUACGCUAAAAGACCGGAGCUUUGGGACAGUACCAACGAGUUAUAUAGAGUACAAACAGCUAGGUACGAGGCUUGGUCGGACUUAGCGGGGUUAUUCGAGUGCGAUAUCGCGGAGCUGCGAAAGAAGUUGAACUCGAUUUUCGCGUCGCACCGGAGGGAGAAGUCUAAAGUUCGACUCGGGGGCAAGUCAACGUGGUUUUUGUAUCCGUAUAUGAACUUUUUGCCGUCGCAUUUGCAGAAUAGUACUCAUGAUAGUGUUGUUGAGAUCUCAACCCACCAAGAGACAGAAGAGCCUGAACAGCAAUAUUCAGAAGAAGAUAACCACGCUAACGAAGAACAAGACGAAAUACUUCACGAAGAAAUCAUCAUCAAGACAGAACCUCAUACUGUAGAAUACGUCAGACCAAGGAAACGUUUCAGAUACACCCCUGCCACGCACAAACCAAGACUUACUAAAUUCAGAAAAGUUGUCAAAGAUAACACUACUAAUAAUUCCAAUCUUGAUAGUAAAGUACUAGAAACACUAAGUUUACUUAGAAGAUCAGAUUUAACAAGGAAGAAAGACGAAUGUGACAGUUUUGGUGAAUAUAUAGCUAUAUCUUUAAGGAAACAUGAUGAAAGGACGCAGUCCAUGAUAAAACAAGCUAUUAAUAAUAUAUUGUUUGAGCAGGAGAUGAAGAAAUACAGCGUUGGGCAGUAUGCUGUAGUUAUAUCAGGGGUUGAUGAGAAUCCUCUUAUUUUGAGUGAUGAUAAGUAAACUUUAGAUUUCAACAAACUGUUUGCCAUUUUUGAUAAAUACUAUGUACUUAUAACAUUACGUCAUUGUUUAUACUAAGCUUAAUUGACUUUAACAUUGUUCAUAAUUCAUUACAGUGCUUUUUAAAAUGAGAUUAGAGUUUAAAAGCGAAAUUUUAAAUUGUUUACCGCUAAGCCAGAGGUUGGCUAUUAUUUUCCUGUUACAGUUAUAACCAAAAAUAACGUUUAAAACGAAUUUAAUUAAUCUUAAUUUCAUUGCCUUUUAAUUGCAAGAAAUAUUAAAAUAUUAAAUGUCUGUUACGUUACGAAAUAAUUAAGACAGGAGCAUUUGAUUUGCGUUAAGUACCUACUCAAAAGAACUGUUGCUGUUGUAUAUUGUAAGCAUUUUAAAAAUAAAUAUCAAUUUUCCGUAA